UGGAAGCAGAAAGAGCAGAGGAGAGGAGCGGCUGGACAGAGAGCGGAGCGGGGAGAGAGCUGGAGCCGCGGUGGAAAAAACUAGGGACAGACAGCGAGUCCCGUAUGAUAGCGGAAGCUAUGAGCGCGUAUUUACGGAGCGUCUCCAUGCGAUGAAUAUUUUUUCACUUGGUUGCAAUUUUGGCUCCAGGGCGACUUGUUCUUGUUAAAGCGAGUCGGGGAGAAUAGUUUUGUCUCGGUUUGGAGGGGCAGACAGCUCGAUUGCUACACUUGAACGCUGAAAGCUGUACAUGUGGCGAGUUGUUUCAGAAAGCUGAUACAGAAUAAACCUGGCCGCGAGUUUGUUGUAAGCGCCGGAUUAAUUAAAGGGAGUCGGGGGAAACAAGCAGAAGGUGGGGCAGAAGAGUGAGAGCUGAGCGGGCUGAGCGCUUCCACUCUGUUCGCCCCCUUCUCAACUCAAUCCCUCACGGACAUUUUUUUUUUUAUUUUUUUGGGAGAAAGAAAGAAAAACACGAAGAUAUUUUCGCUGGAAUUUGGGGAGCGUUCACAAGCGCCUGUUAUUUCGGCUCACUGGGAGCUCGUGCACUCCAGAGUGUGAUAUUUCCCGCCGUGGACACAUUUCGGGCAGGAAAUUGUCCCGUCUGGUUUUUGGACCAUGGCCGACGACGACGUCCUCUUCGAAGACGUUUACGAGCUGUGCGAGGUCAUUGGGAAGGGGCCAUUUAGCGUGGUGAGGAGAUGCAUCAACAGAGAGACAGGCCAGCAGUUUGCAGUGAAGAUUGUAGACGUGGCCAAGUUCACCUCCAGCCCUGGCCUCAGCACAGAAGACCUGAAGAGGGAGGCCAGCAUCUGUCACAUGCUUAAACACCCCCAUAUUGUGGAGUUGCUGGAAACCUACAGCUCAGAUGGAAUGCUCUAUAUGGUCUUUGAGUUUAUGGAUGGAGCUGACCUCUGCUUUGAGAUAGUGAAACGAGCAGAUGCUGGGUUUGUCUACAGUGAAGCUGUAGCCAGUCAUUACAUGAGACAGAUCCUUGAAGCACUGCGGUACUGCCAUGACAACAACAUUAUUCAUCGAGAUGUAAAGCCUCACUGUGUAUUACUGGCAUCGAAGGAGAACUCUGCCCCUGUGAAGCUGGGUGGCUUUGGUGUUGCUAUACAGCUUGGAGAAUCAGGAUUAGUGGCUGGAGGCCGAGUGGGUACCCCUCACUUCAUGGCUCCUGAGGUGGUGAAGAGAGAGCCGUAUGGAAAGCCGGUGGAUGUGUGGGGCUGUGGAGUCAUCCUGUUCAUCCUGCUCAGCGGCUGCCUGCCCUUCUAUGGCACGAAAGAGCGCCUGUUUGAGGCCAUUAUCAAAGGCAAAUACAAGAUGAACCCUCGGCAGUGGACUCACAUCUCAGAGAGUGCUAAAGACUUGGUACGACGCAUGCUGAUGCUGGAUCCUGCUGAGAGGAUCACCGUGUACGAGGCCCUUAAUCACCCAUGGCUCAAGGAGAGAGACCGCUACGCCUACAAAAUCCACUUGCCUGAGACUGUGGAACAGCUGAGGAAGUUCAACGCACGGAGAAAGCUCAAGGGUGCUGUUUUAGCAGCAGUCUCCAGUCACAAGUUCAGCUCGUUUUAUGGCGACCCACCUGAGGAGCUGCCAGACUUCUCUGAAGAUCCCACUUCAUCUGGCCUUCCACAAGGACUGCUAGCAGCAGAAAGGGCUGUAUCGCAGGUACUGGAUAGCCUAGAGGAGAUCCAUGCACUAACAGAUUGCAGUGAAAAAGACCUGGACUUUCUGCACAGUGUCUUCCAGGACCAGCAUCUCCACACACUGCUUGAUCUCUACGACAAGAUAAACACCAAGUCCUCCCCACAGAUCAGGAAUGCUCCAAGUGAUGCUGUUCAGAGAGCCAAAGAGGUACUAGAAGAGAUUUCCUGCUAUCCAGAUAAUACAGAUGUUAAAGAGCUGAGGAGAAUCCUAACCCAGCCCCAUUUUAUGGCCUUACUGCAGACUCAUGAUGUGGUAGCUCAUGAAGUGUACAGUGAUGAAGCACUGAGGGUCACACCCCCUCCAACCUCACCAUAUUUGAACGGAGACUCACCGGAGAGCACUAACGGGGACAUGGACCUGGAAAACGUCACUCGGGUACGCCUGGUGCAGUUCCAGAAGAACACAGAUGAGCCCAUGGGUAUCACACUGAAGAUGAACGACCUGAACCACUGCAUCGUGGCCAGAAUAAUGCAUGGUGGCAUGAUUCAUAGACAAGGAACUUUGCAUGUUGGAGAUGAGAUCCGGGAGAUCAACAGCAUCAGUGUAGCUAAUCAGACAGUGGAGCAGCUCCAGAAAAUGCUUAGGGAAAUGAGAGGCAGCAUCACCUUUAAGAUUGUUCCAAGCUACCGGAUGCAGCAAUCGUCUUGUGAGAAAGAGUCCCCUACCACCUCCAGACAGUCCCCUGCUAAUGGCCAUUCCAGCGUUAACAGUUCUAUCUUGGACCUGCCAUCAACCAUCCAGCCAAAAGCACGCCAGAUCUAUGUGCGGGCACAGUUUGAGUAUGACCCAGCCAAAGAUGAGCUCAUUCCUUGCAAAGAAGCAGGCAUUCGGUUCAGAGUGGGAGACAUCAUCCAGAUCAUCAACAAGGAUGACCAUAACUGGUGGCAGGGCAGACUGGAGAACACAAAGAAUGGUACAGCUGGGCUCAUUCCAUCCCCAGAGCUACAAGAGUGGCGGGUGGCCUGCAUAGCAAUGGAGAAAACAAAGCAGGAGCAGCAAGCCAGCUGUACUUGGUUUGGCAAGAAAAAGAAGCAGUACAAAGACAAGUAUCUAGCGAAGCACAGUGCAGUGUUUGAUCAACUAGACCUCGUCACUUAUGAAGAAGUUGUGAAGUUGCCAGCUUUCAAAAGGAAAACACUAGUUUUAUUAGGAGCUCACGGUGUUGGCAGAAGACACAUCAAGAACACACUCAUCACUAAACACCCCGACAGAUUUGCUUACCCCAUUCCACACACAACCAGACCUCCGAAAAAGGAUGAGGAGAAUGGCAAGAACUAUUACUUUGUAUCGCAUGACCAAAUGAUGCAGGACAUCGCCAAUAAUGAUUACCUGGAGUACGGCAGCCAUGAGGACGCCAUGUACGGAACACGGCUGGAGACGAUACGCAAAAUCCACGAGCAGGGCCUCAUAUCUAUACUUGAUGUAGAGCCACAGGCACUGAAGGUCUUGCGGACGGCAGAGUUCGCCCCUUAUGUGGUUUUCAUCGCUGCACCGACCAUCACUCCGGGAAUGAAUGAGGAUGAAUCACUACUGCGACUGCAGAAGGAGUCAGAGAUCCUCCAGAAGACCUACGCACACUACUUUGACCAGACCAUCAUCAACAACGAGAUCGACGAGACGAUCCGGCACCUGGAGGAGGCUAUAGACCUGGUGUGCACUACAGCACAAUGGGUUCCUGUGUCCUGGGUCUACUAGAACCACCAUUAACUCCACCUUAAUGCCCCAGACUCUCUGCGAUGCAUCUUUGCAACAACAACAACAAAAAAAAAGAUUAAAAUAAAUGCAUACAUAAAUAAAUAAUUAAGAAGGAAAGAAAAAAACCACCACUUUUCCCUGGAGAAAGGAUCCACCUCUGAUUUGUCUGUACAUGACCUGCAGGCAAAUCCAAUCUCAGCCCUCCAGACUACAUAGAUGUAGUGUUGUAUAAAACAAAAAAUAAUGCAGUUGUGAAUAUUGACAUGUCCUUAUUGAUGAGAUGCAGCAUUUUGUAGAGUUUUGAUUUCAAAAGACAGUAUCUUUAAACGUCCUAAGUUUUACUUUCUUCUCAGACAGAGGAACAGCAGACAUGUUGCAGCAGUGCGUCAAGACGUUUUUUUCAUUCAGAGCCUAUAUUUCCAUCAGCCUUUACAAAACAUCCCUCAUUGGAAGCCAUUAGUAUCCCUGUGUAUCACAAGCUGCUGUUUUAAGCACAACCAGAUACUGUUUCUCUAAACAAGUCCAUAGCUGAGAUCUGAGUUUUCAUGCAUGUGAACAUUCAGAGUCUUGCAUACUGUCAGUGUUAGCAGUGUAACACUACUGUUAUCCACAGCACACAACAUUCCAUAUGUCUGGAUGAAAUCAGACCAAGUGAAGACCAGUGGAGGAUGAAGAUGAAAAAAAAAAAGACCUAUGCACAUCUCCGGGCACAUCGGGACAUUUCUGACAAAUUCUUUUUAUCAACCAUGUAAGUGAGAUGUGUUAAUGUCUCAAUUUAAUUUUUGUGGAGAAAAAAAAAAAAUCCUAGAGAUACAAAAAAAAAAAGGAGUAAAACACAAAUCUAUAUUGGUUUGACCAUAACGGAAAUGUGUCAUUAGAGAGUAUUAAUGUUUUCAUGAAGCUGAAUCAAAAAGAGAAGCAGAUUUUUAUUCAGAGUAAUUGUUUCAAAGGUGCACACAUAGACACAUUUUGCAAAAUGAACUAAAAAUAUAUAAUAAUAAUAAUAAUAAUAAUCUGAAUGAUUCUGUAUCUGACAAACUGUUUACUUCAGAACUGCCCUGUGUAAAUUCCUCUGCUGAUGACUGAGCAGCUCUUCAGUAUGAACCAUUUUUUAAAUAUAUUUCCUUUUCUGUGGUGAAGUAGUCCAGUGUCGUCUGCUCUGUGUUACGCUCCUGGCUCUGCUCUCGCGUCUGGCUGCUCUGUGUGAGUUGGCAGAGAUGCUGUGGAUGGAAACAUUUCUCCAAUUUUUAGUGCCUCAGUGGCGCUUUUUUCCUGUAUUUUUCCUACAGCUGUACAUCCUGUCUGCCCAUCUGAGUGUGAAGACAAGUGUGAUAAAUGCCCAGGUGUGUGUGUGUGUGUAUAAAUGAGCGAGUCUGAACUACAUGUUAGACAAUCUGUCAAGAGUAGUGUGUGUGUAUGGGGUUACUAAAAGGCAAAUCACGUUGUUAUUGUGUGCAUUCACUCCCCCAGAGUGAAUGAAAGUAGAAGUGUCUGGACUGCUAGCUGCUGGUUUCAUGAAGCUGUGUGUCAUUUGGCAUGUGAGGAGCAGCAGCAGUGAAUAAACGUAAGUGCGGGCCACACAUGCUGUUAAAAGAACAUCAGAAAAAGAAACUAGAGAUGUUUCUUUGGAGACGAUUAAUCACAAGUCUCUCUGAACUAGAUCAUUUCUGAAGGCAGUUCGUUCUUUCUCACCCUGGCACACCCUCACAGGAAGACGCACUUUGACACAUGCUGAGUUCCUUCAGUAGGUAAACUUCUCAUCACAGCUGAGAGUACUGAAUCGUCUGCACAGGAGGUGCACACAGGAUUCUUCCUCAUUUAAUCAGCUGCUAAUUUACCACCUACAAUCUCUCAGCUCUCCGCAAUCAAACAGCAGCUCCCAACCCCGCAGGCUUAAGGUUAACGUGCAUCCUCCAAAACAUGUGAAACCAGCCGACUGCAUCUUAUCAAACUGCUGCUCAUUCUGCAUCACAGGGCACGUUGGAGAAAGCGUUGUCCAGCCUCUUCCACAUACCUGAUCUCACAGCCACACAUGACCUCACAGCUGGACUCUGGCCAGAUACCCGAUGCUUUUUUUGUUGACCCACAGAAUCCAGUCAUGACUAUAACUGGAACCUAACACAGCAGUUUUAGCUCUCCAAUCACACUCGCACUCGAAGAUAAAACAAAAGUGGUGCUACUGUCCAGAUACAAACCACACUAAAAUGUGAGACACUCCCGAUGUUCAGCUGUUUUAUAUGAAACGGCUAUUCUGCAUUUGGUUAGCUGAUUGUGUGAGUGCAUUCCCCUUUAAAUGUUUUUUGUUGUUGUUGUUUUCAAAAGUCUUUCAAUCAGAGCAAAGUUCAUGGUAUAAUAGCACUGCAGUGUGACCUGUGUCUCAAUCCAAAUCUGCAUUCCACAGCUAACACCACUGAAGCUGCAGAUUAACUCAAAUUCACAUUGCGGGUUUUAGAGCAAAAACACUUUUCUGGAGAGAGCGGUCAAAAUGGCACAAUAUUAGAACGCAUGUAUUGUAUUUUAACUGCUUAUCUUUUCUUCUUCUUUUUUUUGUUUGCUCAUUUACUUGAUUAUUUAGUAUGAUCAGAGCAUCACGAGGCAGUGAUGAAGUUGGGCUUGAAUACAGAGCAGCUUAGAGAGAGCCGAGUGUUGAGUGCAGCUAAGCCUUGCAUUAAAAAAAGACUAAUGCAUAAAUAUUAAAGCUAGAAAUAUCUAAAUUCACCCAGUUGACAGAAUUAGGAUUCAGCAUAUAAUGUUGCCUGCUAAACUAACUGACAGGAAGUGAGCUUAAUGAAAGACUACCUGCCCGUGUGGGUUAUAUAAAAAUGAUACAGCAGCAAAAAGUGACUCAUGUUCCAUUCAUAGUCUUCAACUGGAUGUCAUUAAUAAUAGUGUAGCUUGUGUAAAUAUAAUAAACAUCAGUGCUUAUGGAAAUGUUAUGGCUUGAAGGUUUUACACUAAGCAUUAUGUAUAGAUUUCCUAUAACAGUGUGAAUAAGUGGCUCCAGAAGAUUUCGAGUGGAUCGGACACUGUAUACCGAGUUCACACAAUUUUAAAAGAACUUGUUUAUACUAUGAUGUUUUUCAUUAUGAAAGUAGACAGCUGCCAGUCCUCGAGUCCAACUGUGUGCUGUCUUUAAAAUAAUAUCAGAUCUCCAAGAAAAAAUAAAAGUCUUCUCUACUCCUGUA